AUGGGUCCCGAGGCUAAAAAGAGAAAAAACCAGAAAAAGAAGUUAAAGCAAAAACAAAAAAAACAGGCUGCUGCUGCUGCUGCUUCCAAAGUAGAAUCAAUUGAACAGUCUAAUAAUGUUGAUGCUACCCCUUCUGAAUUGUCAGAACAUCAAUCUAUUUCUCCUACAUCUACCGAAGUAACUUCUGCUUUAAAUGUUAAAAAAGAUGACACUGUUAAUACGGAUAUGUCAGCAUCAAUUGACUCGUUAGAAAAGGAAAAUCAGCCCGGUGAUGGAUCAGUUGCUACCAAUGGAAAUACAUCAGCCAAAGAUCAUUCAGAGUUAAUGAUUAAGGAUGCCAAACUUUUAUUGGAGGAUGACGAUAUUGAAGUAUCAUCGCCGAUUAAUGAAAACAAAAAUUUGUCGUCUACUGUUGUUGUGGCAGACAACAAAAAUGAUGUAAUAGUUGAAAACGAACAAAAACUGCAACAUUUUGAACAAGAUAUAGAACAAACCGCAAUGGAAUUAUCUAAUUUUGAGCAGGAAUUAGAAGGAGGAAUUAAAGAAGAGGAGGAAUACAAAGAGAAGCAAAACCGAUUUGAACAAAAUAUAGAACAAACCAAAAGGGAGUUGUCCAAUUUUGAACAUGAAUUGGAAGAAGAGAUUAAAGAAGAGGAAAUUACACAUGAUCCUGAUCAAAAGAAUUUACUAAUACCGGUUCAAGGGGGGGGAAACGAUGUUAAAGAAGACCCCUUAUUAGUUGGUAUUGAGUCCAAUGUGGAAAAGGAAACAGUUAGCUUGCCAAAGCAACAACCUACAGAGAAAGAACCAACUAGUUUACCAGAACAACAAUCUGCAGAAAAAGAAAUAGGCGGUGCGCUAGAACAACAAUCUGCAAAGAAAGAACCAACUAGUGUACCAGAACAACAAUCUGCAGAAAAAGAAAUAGGCGGUGCGCUAGAACAACAAUCUGCAAAGAAAGAACCAACUAGUGUACCAGAACAACAAUCUGCAGAAAAAGAAGUAGUUGGUGUGUUUUCCGAAAAUGAUACAAGAGGAAAAGAAGAUUUUAACUUAAAUGUAGAAAAAAAGGAGCCAGUUGAACAGAAAAUCAAAAAAGAUCCAAUAGAUACUGGAAGUACAACUAAAAAUCAAGUAUUUCAAGAAGGUCUAACUGAACCUCAAGCUACACAUACUAUUGAGGAGGGGGAAUUUGCAGCCUUAGGUGAUAAUGCGGCUGCUACAUCUAGUGAAAACAGGGAUAAAAAAUAUAUUAAUGACAAUGAUAAAGACAAUCACAGUUUAUUCACAGCUGCUAGCCAGGAUGACUUCAAGUGGUGGGAGAAAAAUAAUACAUUAGAUUCAGAAGCUACCAGCAUAAAAAGAGAUGUUUCUAAUGAGAAUGAAGAAGAGAUUGAAAAAAAUAACAAACAUGAUGAUCUAGUUAUUGAAAAAAGACAAGAAAAAGACACUGAUGAAGAAUCUAAUUUAUUUGUCGAUAAUGUACAGACUGAAGUAAUGCCUUGGGAGGUGGAAAUAAGUCAAAAUGAAAUUGUCAGUACCACAUCACCAGCGAAAUCACAAACUAAUGGUUUAUUAAAUAACCAAACCGACAGUGAAUUUUCUCAUUCGGAGUCAAAAGUCAAAAAACAAGAAUCACCUAGUCAGAAUAAUGUAUCGAUUUUAGAGAAUGCGCCUACUACCGCCCCUUCUAAUAAAAUGUCAGCCGCCAACGCUUUUUCAUUUUUAAAUGAUGAUGAUUUGUUAGACGACGAUCUGUCAAGCACCACUGAAGAUGAUGAAAAACAAAAGGAUAAUAAAAUUUCAACCAGUAUCAUUAAUGCCAAGACUGGCAAUGAUGAUAAUGAUGACGAUGAUAGUUAUUUAGAAUCUGAUGAAGAAGAAACCAACAUUGGCCAAUCUCAAAUAUCUACUAUGGGCUCUAAUUUAGAACAGAUUGAUACCAAUGUAACAGUUAAGCAUUCGAGGUUCCCUUCUGCGUCAUCAUCUAUUACACAGACAUUUACCAAAAUAAAUACUAGCAAAUAUGCUCCCCAGAAUUCAGCUAUUGAUAAUAGUAGCAAUAAAUCAAGUACCUCUGUAAUAACACCAGCAAACCCAUUCCAAGUUAGACCUACAAUUGUUUCCUCAUCCACUGUCAAUAAUAGAAGUUCUUAUCAAAUGCCUCCAGAAAUUCAACCUCAACCCAAUGAUUACGAACUGGUUCAAAAAUUAGAAAAAGAAAAACACAAAACUGACGCAUAUGAUUUUCCAAUGGAUAUAGCUUCUGUCAUAAAACCAAAGAAACAAAUUGUUGCAAAGCCAAUUAAUGUUAAUUCACCAAAGCCCAUUGUAGUGCCAUCUCAACCAUUCAAUAAGCCUAAUGCAACAUUGCCGUUAAAGUCGGUGUCUCCGCCAAUAUCAGCUUCGAGAAAUAACACGAGUAUUAAUAACAACGUACCAUUCAAUCCGUAUUCCCCAUCACUGAAUAAUAGUCUUGGUAGGAAUAUGCCGAAAUCUGCUGGUGCAGCUAAUAACUUACCAGUAUAUCCGCCAAUCUCUGAACCACAACAGCAGCAACAAGGAAUUGUUGCAUCCAUGUCGCAUGCAGAUCGCACGAACUUGCCGCUUGAUGUUGCCUCAUCAAACGGUAUGAAAUCACCGGUUGGUAGUACCUACAUGCCAAACCCCAACAUACAAAGAAGAAAGUAUAGCAAUGUGUCGAAUAAUACUUCCUUCUCAUUUCCUGGGCCACCGCAACUUUCUGCAAGGAAAAAUGCUACGAGCAGAUCAGCUUCUGUCGAUAGUGAUGUCGCCCCCAAAGUUACUAAUAUGUAUGCUCCUAGUACUAAUAUUAAUGCCACUUCUCAAAAGCAAAAUACAAGAUCUAGAGGUUUUAGCAAUGUUUCAGCGGGUAGCACUGUUUCUAGUAGGAAAAAUAGCAAGUAUGCACCUCAGGUUCAAGAGGUUCCCCAACCACCUUUAAAUAAUUUUACUCCACAAGGUAUUGUUGUUCCUAAUAUCCAUUCAAGAACGACAUCUUUUGGUAACAAUGGUAUGAAUGUAAAUAGUACUGGUACGUCCAAUAAUGCACCAUAUUCCCCCUCUUUAAACGCCCCAAGAGGGUUUCCUCCCACUCUGCAAACUACUGGGUUGAAUAAUAUUCAACAACCUCAGGUUAUGUCACCCACUACUAUGAAUAGACACGCACGUUCUCAUUCUAGUGCUUAUGCACCAAAUGCACCUGGUUAUGCUUCUAAAUAUGCGCCAACUGUUCAACCACACGAGCAAUAUCAACAACAGCAUCAGCAACCGAACAUAUAUAGCUAUCCACAAAAACCCCAAAAUGUUAUGUCCUAUAAGACUGGUACUUUUCCCGAUCAACCACAAAUGGAUACUGUUAUUGACGUACCAAUUAAAAAUCCAGAAUUUUUGAGAAGUAGACAAUUUCCGAUUUUCCAUUGGGGCCAAUCUUCGAAAGUUGUUUAUUUAAAGCCCAUUGAUAACAUAUAUCAACAAACAGAAAUUCAUAUUAUUAGUGCUAAAGAAAUUUCCAAGACCCCAUCCUAUUUCAAUGAUUUCCCUGGUCCAUUGGUUAGAAAAAAGACUAAACUUAAAGAUAUUGAGAGGUGGUUAAAUACAGCUAUUGAAAAAAUCAGUCAGGAAGAUUCUCUACUGGAACUAUGUUUGUGGAAAAUUUUGAAAAUUAAGUUAAGCGAUGAUGUUAAACUAUCCGAUAUUGCCAAUAUCUUAUACGAUAGUACUGAAUUGAGUUCUCAUUUGGGAAGUUCUAUGGCUUCAAACUUCGAUAUUUCAAAUACAAAUAAAAAAUUUAACGCAUCAAAAAUCGAACCGAAGGAACAAAUCCAAAUUUUAAAAUAUUUACAAGUUGGUAAUCAACAAGGUGCAUUGAAUAUUGCAUUAGCUAAUGGUGAUUAUGCCAUGGCUUUGAUUAUUGGUAGUUUGAUUGGUAAAGAUGCUUGGUCCGAAGUUGUUGAUAAUUAUCUAAAAGAACUAUUUUUAAGCGGGUCUAAUAGGAAUUCAAAUGAAGCUUCAUUUUCCGUCAACUUGUUAGGAUUAAUUUUCCAAGUAUUUGUAGGUAAUAGUAAGAGAGUUAUCGAUGAAUUUUAUAAUGCGUCAGAAAAGUCACACUGGGCGUUGGAUAACUGGAAUAUUAUUUUGUCAUCUGUUUUGACGAAUUCUCCAAAAGUUGCAGAUAAUAUAGAGAAAAAGCUAUCGCCAUUAUUAUUAGAAUUUUUGGUUGACUUUGGUAUUUUCUUACUGAGAAAUGGAUUGAUAAUUGCUUCUCAUAUUUGUUUUGUUAUUGCUGAUGUGCCAUUGUCUUACCAAGAGAUUGUUCCAGAGUCCAAUGUUGUUUUCGAAAACAUAGGCUACCCAAAUUCUGUUGAGAGUGUUUUAUUAUCUGAAAUAUAUGAGUUUGUAUUUAAUCCUUCAGUGAAUGGCUCUAAAUUCAGUGGAUUCCCAGUUUUAUUAUCACAAAAGCUAUUACAUGCGUCAUUACUGAUGGAUAUUGAGUUGCCAAAUAUUUCUCAAAAAUACUUGGAUACCGCUUACUCUAUGCUUAAACAAAUUCCAAAAAAUACUCCUAUUGCUGUUAAAUAUAACUUUUGUCUUGUUGAUUUGAAGGCUAGGCUUGCUACUUCAAACAGUGGAUGGUUGGGUAAGCCUAAGUUGAGCACCGUUUGGGGCCACUUGGAUAAGUCUUUUAACAAAUUUAUCGGUGGUGACGAUGAUUUAGCCCUUGAUGGUGCCGCCAAUGAGCAUAAAGUGUUUGACAGUUUUACACCUUCAGCUUCUAGAAAUGCCUCUACAGUUGAUUUGACUUCUGAAAUGUACAAUAUGUAUAAAGUGCAAUCAGCAACUUCUCAAUUAAAAAGAAGUCAUUCUGAGCUUCCAACAAGGUAUAAGAAUUUAAAUGAUAACAACACAUCUGCUAUUGGAAUUUCAGGAACAAUGUCUGCUUACACUCCAAAGGAUACUUUGACUUUAUUCAAAAAUAGCAAUGUUCCUCAUUCACCUCCGCUAAGUAAAGUUAAGUCACAUAACUCUCCGAUAAGAGAGCUUAUUAGCCAUUCUUCCAGCUCACCUAAAUCACAUAUGAGAAAAACAUCUAAUGAAAGCGGAUUAGGCUUCACGCCUUCUCGUAAUGUCGUUAAACGUUCUGCUACACAAGGUUCAAAAAAUGAUGCAGAAGGCUCGCCAAAUUUAGAUAUACAUCAUCAAAUUAUAAUGAGCUCAAUUACUGAUACACCAAACGCUUUUUCUUCCGCUACGCAUAUUGCUCCUCCUCCAUCCAUUAGUGGUUCCAAAAAGAGUUUUAGAAAACGUAGUAUUGCAGGUGAUAAAUCCACUGCAUCUUUAGAUCAGUUGUACAGUGGUUUAGCUACACCUGAGUUACGCCAAAAGCCUAAAAGAAUUGAAAGUUUUACCACUCAAUUUCCCAAGCCUAAAACAAUAUCUGAGCCUAGAUCAAUUACUUCAUCUAGAAAAUCUUCUGUUUCGUCUGAAAUUUCGUAUAUGCCACCUUCAUUAAAAUACCAUAAAGAAAACACAUCUUCCACUGACAUUUUACCGCCUUCAAAGAUUAAGGAAGCUAAUAAUGGAAGUUCCCCUUCUUUAAAUUAUGCUCCAACAAUGAAUUCUUCUUUGUCGCACAUUGAACCACCAAGUUUGAUUCCGCCUCCGAUUUUUUCUGCAUCUACUGACCUAAAGAUAAAUGAUUUUGCCAUUACGGAGGAAAAUACCAGUAAUGAUUUAUCUACUUUAAAGGAAACUGAAGACAUUAUUUCUACUAAAGCUCAGAAUGAUGUUACAACUAUAAUUUCACCCAUUGCCAGUAAUAAUGUAGCAACACUUGCAGAAAAUAAUACGGCAGAACGUAAUGAUGUUAAACAUGACGCCGAGUUAUAUGUAAAUGGUAAUCCGAAAAAGCAGGAGAUUAUAAUGAGGGGACAAGAUAUUGAAGAAAACACUGCGGCUGUUAAAGAAGAAAAAGAUAUGGGGGCGUGUGAUACUUUGCCGGUUGGCGAAUCGACAUCCACUUCAAUAGUUGGUGAUGAAAGUGGUUUAGAGGAAAUUUUGCAGAGUAAGGAAGUUAAUAUUCCUGAAAAUUUGAGUGAAAAGCCAGAAAUUGAUAGUAAAACUGUUUCCACUCCGGUGUAUUCAAAUACUUUUGUUAAUAACAACAAAAACCCUUCAAAAAAUCCGGUUCAAGUUACAACGUCAAAAAAUGAUCUUAAUCCCUAUGCGCCAUCUGUCAAAUCAAGAAGAUCGGUUUCUCAAAGGACAAACAAAUAUACCAAUCCAAAUUCUGUUUUAACUGAAAAAGAUACUACUGGUUCUACUAGUCGUACCACUAAAAAUUUAGAGACAGAAAUAUUAUCUGGAGAGGUAAAUAUGUUUGAAAUGGAAGGUUAUAGAAUGGCUACGCCUGUUUAUACUACCGGAGCUGUAGAUACCGAUUCUGAACACAUUCAUGAGGAGAAAUUAAAUGAGGAUGAGGUCUCUAAAGAAAAUGACAGUAAAAAUGGUAACAAUGCUCUCAAUUCACAGUCAUCUAUUUCAGAAAAUAAUGCUAACAAUGCCUCUAGAUUUAGUCCGGCUGUUAAAAGUACUGGUGGUUCACCGCACAAGAAUUUCACGACCUUUUCUGAUCCUGUUAUUCGUGCUGUUAAAAACCCAAGCUUCAAACCGUUUACUCCAAAACUUCCCGUUGAUGAGUAUUACGACGAUAUAGUUGAAGAUGAAUCUGAUGAUGAUGAUGAUGAUGGUGAUGAACUUGAAAAACAAAGAGAAAUUAUGCGGAAGGAGAAAGAGAAGGAAGAGAAGGAAAGAGAGGAGAAGGAAAGAGAACGUAUGAAAAAACAAGCUAAGGAAGAAAAAGCUUUAAGUGGCAAAAAGCAGGAGGGGAAAAUGAGUGGUGCAAAUCAUAAAAAUGGAGAUUCUGAUGCAGGCGCCAGUUGGUUUGGUUGGUUAAAGAAAGAUCCUAAUGCUAAAAAGUCAGUCAAGGCUAAAUUAGGUCAUAAAAAUACAUUCUAUUAUGACGAAAAGUUGAAAAGAUGGGUUGAUAAAAAUGCCUCUGAAGAAGAAAAAGCUAAGUUAACCGAGCCUGCUUUACCACCACCACCACCUAUUAUCAAGAAAAAAUCGACAGUACCACCUAGCAAACCCCGUAUUGGUUCGGUUGAAGGUGGUCCAACUCAAAGAACGCAUGGAAUGGUUGCUCCCCGUAAUCCAUUGACUGGUGAGUUAUUGACUGUAAAUAAUCCAAAACGGGAUUCGUCUGAAGAAACUAAUACGAAACUGCCUGUUGCUUCUCCGCGUUUGAGUCCUUUGAGUUCUACAACUAGCUUGUCUAGUAAGACUGCGAAUGGAUUGGAUGAUUUAAUAUCUUUGAAUGCAGGUAGGAGAAGUGCAUCUAGUACCUCCAGAAAGGGACGCAGAACUGGUAGAGGUUAUGUGAAUGUUAUGGAUAAUAUAAAUUAG